AUGGGAGCCCACAACAACCCUGCCUUUUAUGUUCCUCCAUCCACACAGGGUCCUACAGCCCUUGAAAAUGAAUGGAUGGAUCAGCAGAAAUGUAUCUUCUCCCUGAAUCUCCCUGACAUCGUCAGCUGCACCAACAAAAAUCUGUCCAGGGUGCCUGGGAACCUUUUCAGGCUGAUCAAGAGACUGGAUCUGAGUUACAACAGAAUUGGGCUUCUGGAUUCUGAGUGGAUUCCAGUAUCGUUGGUAAAGCUGAACACCCUCAUUAUUCGGCACAACAACAUCACGAGCAUUUCCACGGACAGUUUUUCCACCACUCCAAAUCUGAAGUGUCUUGACUUGUCAUCCAACAAGCUGAAGACCGUGAAAAGUGCAGUGUUCCAAGAGCUGAAGGUUCUGGAAGUGCUCCUGCUUUACAACAAUCACAUUUCCUAUCUGGAUCCUUCAGCGUUUGGAGGGCUCUCCCAACUGCAAAAACUGUACUUGAGUGGAAACUUUCUCACACAGUUUCCCAUGGAUUUGUAUGUUGGAAGGUUCAAGCUGGCAGAACUGAUGUUUCUAGAUGUUUCUUAUAACCGGAUCUCCUCUCUGCCAAUGCAUCAUAUAAAUUUAGUGCCAGGAAAGCAACUGAGAGGUAUCUUCCUUCAUGGAAACCCCUUUGUCUGUGACUGUUCCCUCUACUCCUUGCUGAUCUUUUGGUACCAUAGGCACUUCAGCUCAGUGAUGGAUUUUAAGAAUGAUUAUACCUGUCGCCUGUGGUCUGACACUAGGCACUUCCAUCAGGUGCUUCUGCUCCAGGAUAGCUUCCUGAACUGCUCUGACAGUAUCAUCAAUGGUUCCUUCCGUGCCCUGGGCUUUAUUCACGAGGCUCAGGUCAGGGAAAGGCUGAUGGUCCACUGUGAUGGCAAGACUGGUAGGGCAAAUACCGAUUUCAUGUGGGUCGGUCCAGAUAACAGAGUGCUGGGGCCUGACAAAGAGAUGGAAAACUUCCAUGUGUUUCCCAAUGGAAGCCUGGUUAUAGAAAGUCCUCGUUUUGAGGAUGCUGGAGUAUAUUCCUGUGUUGCAAUGAAUCGACAACGUCUGUUAAAUGAAACUGUGGAUGUCACAAUAAACGUGAGCAAUUUCACCAUAAACAAAUCCCAUGCACACGAGGCAUUUAACACAGCUUUUACCACUCUUGCAGCCUGCGUAGCCAGCAUUGUUUUGGUACUUCUGUACCUCUAUCUGACACCAUGUCCCUGCAAGUGUAAACCCAAGAGACGAAAAAAUAUGCUAAACCAAAGCAAUGUCCACGCAUCCAUUCUCACUCCCUGCCCUGAUAGCGAGGCCCCCACUGAUGAACGGAAGGCAGGGGCCGGGAAAAGAGUAGUGUUUUUGGAACCCCUGAAGGAUACUGCAACAGGGCAGAAUGGGAAGGUCAGGCUCUUUCCCAGUGAAACUGUCAUAGCUGAGGGCAUCUUAAAGUCCACGAGGGUGAAAUCCAACUCAGAUUCGGUCAAUUCAGUGUUUUCAGACACACCCUUUGUGGCGUCCACUUAAUUUUGUGCCUGCGUUUGUACUAUGUAGUGAUUGAAUCUCUUUAUACUCAACUUUGUGUGUGGUCUGCAAGAAUAAACAGCAGGGCAGAAAUGGGGUUGUUCUGUGUUUCAGAAAUAAAACCAAAGGGUCUCUUUCACUGGUUCAUAAGAAAUGUGGUAAAGCACUUAGGUUCAUGCCAGAGAAAGAUGGAGUUGUAUUUCAGAGCUUAAGUUCUAGAUAAUACCUUCAUCUUUAGCACCACUGAUAAUUUCAAAGCUGGCCUGGAGGCGACCUGACUGACAUUGUCCUUUCACUCAGGAUUCUUGAAAGAAAAGCUAAAUUUUAGGUAUUAGA